CAGCAAUUCAAUUGCUGAACAAUCCUGCGCAUCGCAAAAGCAAGGCCCGGAGUUUAGAGCCGACGUGGAUGCAUGCAUGCACGAUAGAUAACGCAAGCGCGGUUGGCAAUUAGCUCAUCCUCCGAGCCCAGUCCCCCACAGCGCACGCACGCCCUGUACGCCCUCCGUGCAUCGGCCCGGCCGGCGUGGGUCCCGACAGGGCCGAUAUCGAAGGACCCUCUCCGGUCGCCUAAGUACAUGCCCCUCCUCAUCGUCAUCUUAUCGCGGUCGUCCUCUUCUUGACCCGGGCAGCACCAGACCGUCUUUCUCCUUUACUCUUCUCCACUGCCCGAUUCUUAAACCAGCAUCCGAUCGCAGAAACCAGCCCACAACUCCUCCAGGCACAACAACCAUCCUCCUCCUCCUCACUGAUUCACAAUGGGCGACGCACCGGCCCCCACCUCCGCAAACCGGGACCUGGCAGGCCACAAGCUCGUCAUCCUCUCGCCCUUCAAGGAGGAGCCCGCCCUCCGCGAGCGCCUGCACAAGCGCUUCCCCGGCCUCAAGGUCCAGCACUUUGACUGGGACGUCUGGCACAAGCCCACCCUGCCCAGCGCGCAGACCACGGACAACCAGGGCGGCAGCCUCGACUGGUCCGACGUGACGGUGCUCGUGACGGGCCCCCAGUUCCCCGAGCGGGAAGAGGCGCCCAAGCUCCAGCUCGUGCAGCUCCAGAGCGCGGGUGCCAACUACGUCCUCGAGAAGCCAAUCUACAAGGACACGGACAUUGCCUUUUGUACGGCCAACGGUGUGCACGGACCGCAGAUCUCCGAAUGGGUUAUUGCCACGUUCCUAGCUCAUCAACACCGCAUCCCUUACUACCUUGACCGUCAGAAAGAAGCCAAGUGGACGCGCGACAAUGAAAUCGCCUCCGGGAUCGAGGACACCGUCGGCCAGCGCGUAGGAAUCCUCGGCUACGGCGCCAUCGGCCGGCAAACCGCGCGCGUCGCCCGCGCCAUGGGCAUGACCGUGUACGCAUACACCAACCGGCCCCGCACGACGCCCGAGUCCAAGCGGGACCACGC